AUGGAACUAGAACGUCCUGACCGAUUAAGUCAGUGUACAUGGAGGUCAAAUGCAACAAAUACACCACAUACAAUAAGAAAAGAAUUUUCAAAUCGAGAUGAUGUAUUACCUAAUAUUUUGGAAGCUAUUGGUCAAACUCCUAUGGUACGUUUAAAUAACAUUCCUCAAUUAUAUGGAUUAGAAUGUGAAAUAUUUGCAAAAUGUGAAUUUAUGAAUCCUGGUGGUUCUGUAAAAGAUAGAAUUGCUUAUAGAAUGAUUCAAGAUGCAGAAGAAAAAGGAAUAUUAAAGCCAGGUUCUACUAUAAUUGAACCAACCAGUGGUAACACAGGGAUUGGUCUAGCAAUGGCUGCAGCUGUUAAAGGAUAUAGAUGUGUUAUUGUUAUGCCAGAAAAGAUGUCCAAUGAAAAAGUGCUUACUCUACGUGCCCUUGGAGCUGAAAUAAUUAGAACGCCAACAGAAGCAGCUUGGAAUAGUCCUGAAAGCCAUAUUAGUAUUUCUCAAAAACUACAAAAAGAAAUUCCUAAUAGCGUUAUUCUUGAUCAAUGGGAAUCCACUGGCUCAUUAUGA